UCUAACUGAUAUCUGUACACAUUGUCAAAGCAAACCAUAAUCUAUCGUUAUUAUACCAUUUUUGAAAGAAAAACUCAAAUUAGCUACACAAACACAAGUAUAUACUUGAGCGAAACUUUAGUACACAGCUGUGGCUUUGUUGUGAUGAAGCCCAGUGAAGAGUUUCUCCAAUCAAUGGCACCCAAUGAGUGUGGAGGGCGGAGGUUCAGUCGAAGUUCCGCCUUCACGGGGGAUCACGGCUUCGACUCGGUCCAUAUUAUGUCCAGAGAGAGCAAGUGUUUAUGACCUGAAUUAACUGGGCUGCUGGGGACAGGAGGAGAGAUUCCUCAUCUCAUGAGUGGAUCAUGACGCAUGGGUGACUAUAAUGUCCAGCGUCGCGGCUCUGGACAGGUGUGUUACCUGUGGCUGUGAAUGGUGGAAAGGGGCAGGUUGUUUUAUUUCCCGUGCCUUUUCUUCCGGCACCGAUGAAAUCAAUCGCAUUGUUUUAACUUUGUUUCACGACUAGACACGCAUUUAGAUGGCGGAGCGCUCGUGAAAGUGGACCGAGCCGGUGAUUUCCGCCUACCGAUUGAUCGCGAACAGUUCGUGACAUUUUUUCAAUGAGCGAAGACACGCAAACCACUCCCUGAUCAUUGGAAAUAGCAGCUCUUUUUUUUGGUCGCAGUAGCGUUUAUUGAGCGUGAACGGAGAUCGUGUGGAGCUGACGCAUUACCGAACCGGGCUGUAGUAGGCUAUGUGCGAGACGGUGAUGGCCGUGUCUGAACUGGACACCGAGCCUCAUCCACCGGAGAACGGCUUCGUCACCCCUGAAACUAAUAAAUCGCCCGAUUUACUGUCGCACAUCGACGGCUGCGUUUUGCCCAGUCUGGGCGGCUUUGGGAAAUUUCAGAAACAGCUGAUCGUCUUAACAUGGAUACCGGCGCUAUUCAUCGGAUUCAGCCAAUUUUCGGACAGUUUUCUCCUGGCCCAGCCGAACAACCCGUGUGCGCAAGUGAACGCGAGUAACAGCGAGCCGUCGGCUGUAAUUCCGCCCGCGCAGUUUAGCGCCGUGAAUGGAAACAACGGCACCGAACGAUCAUCGCAGUGCAUAUGCAUCCAGUCAGGAUUUGAACUGCAAAAUGGACUGGAGCAAAAUGUUGUUACCAAGUGGAACCUUGUAUGUGACUCAGCCUGGAUUGUUCAUAUCGCCAAAUUCUCCCUGCUGGUGGGCUCCAUCUUUGGGUACUUGGUGUUGGGAGUUCUGGCUGAUUGGUUUGGCCGUCACCCAGUCCUGAUCGUCUCAGUCUUCUUCAUGUUAGUAUUCGGCAUGACAGUGGCCUUCUCCGUCAACGUCCCGAUGUUCAGCACCCUACGCUUCUUUGAGGGGUUUUGCUUGGCAGGGAUCACGCUCUCUCUCUAUGCUCUGAGGAUCGAGCUUUGUCUGCCGGGCUGGCGUUUCUCCAUGACCAUGGUGGCUAACUUUGUGGCAUUGGCCGGGCAGCUGAUCAUGCCAGGCUUGGCAGCCCUCUGCAGUGAUUGGCAGAUUCUGCAAGCGGUCAUAAUCUGCCCCCUGUUACUCAUGCUGUCCUAUAUCUGGAUUUUUCCAGAGUCUCUGCGCUGGCUGCUUGCUACUCAGCAGUUCAGUCGCUCUAAAUGGAUCAUGGAGCGCAUUGCAAAAAAGAACACUGUCAAUCUAGAACAGGAUGCAGAAGAGCUGGUGACAGAGCUGAACAGAGCCCUGCCAAAGCAAUCCAAGAAGACCUGCAUCGUAAAAAUGGUUGGCACGAGGAACCUGUGGAAGAAUAUUGUGGUGCUCUGCGUCAACUCACUAACAGGUUAUGGGAUCCAUCACUGCUUUGCGCGCAGUAUGAUGGACCAGGACAUGGAGACGACCACCAUGUUCCAUAAUUUCUAUGCUGACUACUACACCAUGGCGGGUAUUGCCGUGGCGUCCUGUGUGGCGCUGUGCCCUGCUGUGGGCGUGAUGGGUCGGCGUGGAGGACUCCUCAUGUUCAUGAUCAUCACAGCACUGGCAUCUCUUCUUCAGCUGGGACUGCUCAACUUGUUGGGAAAGUACAGUGUUCAGCUGAAUAUCGAACGCUCUGAUACGCUGAAGUCCAAUUUCUCAGUGGCUUUCUCCAUCAUUGGCAUGUUCUCCUCCCACGCUGUCAGCAACCUAAGCAUCUUUUUUUGUGCUGAAAUCACUCCUACUGUUAUUAGGGGUGGUGGGCUAGGCCUCGUCCUGGCCAGUGCUGGAUUUGGCAUGCUGACAGCACCUAUCAUGGAGCUACAUAACCAAAAAGGCUAUUUUCUGCAUCAUAUCAUUUUUGCAUGCUGCACUCUUAUCUGCAUCAUUUGCAUCCUGCUACUACCAGAGACUCGCAAUCGGUCAUUACCAGAAACAUUAGCUGAUGGUGAAAGUUACAUGCGUCAACCGCUACUGCCGCCUCGCAAGCCAGGUGAACAGCGCCUUCUGCUGACCAAGUCUGAGAGCCGCGAGUAUGCCAAGGUGGGCGACACACCUCUGCAUGAAGCAGCUGCCACUGCUAUUUCCACUAUGGACUCUACAGCCUCGUCCGCCGUCGAACUCCCAACGCUCCUGGAUGUCCCUGUCCAGCAAGCGACUGGUACGGUACAACUAUUAAGGAUGAAGAUAUUGAGCUCUACCAAAGAGCAAGAUGAAAUCAAGCAAACCACUGAUGAGUAUCCCACAUCUGUUACCACGCUGGAAUAUUCUGCCCCAUCUCUAGAGGACCCUCUCCUCACCUCUAUCCCAAACACCUCAACCCCAAUAGCUAUUAAUUCUCUUCGGGCACCUAAAAUGGAAUCUCCCCCUGAUGUUAUUUUAGAUGUCCUGCCUUCUUGCACUGUGGACACUCCUCCUUUGUUCACCGAUCUGGUCCUGGAGUCUCCUGCUUCUUCUUUAAUUGAUCAGUCCUCGGCCUCAACAAGUGAUGUCCAAACUCUAACACUUGUAGAUAUAGUUAUUCCUCCCACUGUGGAAUCUCCUGCUCCAGGUUCCAAUGAAAGCAAAUACCAAGCUGGGAUGGACUCUACAGGCCCUCUUCUUGACUCCACUUUGCUUCCUCUUGUCAGUGAGUCCAGUGUCCACCUCACAGUGGCGUCCCCAGGAACACCAGUAGAUGACACCAUUCCUCUCUGUGCAAUGAACCUGUCUGAUCCAUUACCCCCCGCCACCGGACAAUCCCCCAUUGACCCAUUAAAUCACAUUCCUCCCCCUUGCUCAAGAGACUCAUCUGUUCAUCUUGUCAAUGAAUUUGAACCCCCUUCCCCGUUACCACCAAUAUUAGACCCCCAAUCUUCUGCCAUGUCAAGUCAAGUUCAUGCUAUCCCACCUCAGUCUCUCUCUUCUCCUAUAGAUUCUGGUGCUCCAUUAUUACACUCUGCGAUAGACUCCAUGGAAUCUGACCCUCUUUCAUCAGCUGUACUGGAGUCUUCAGCAACCUUAAGAAACAGUGCUGCUCUCCUGUCUACAGCAAACUUAACUGCACCUCAUGCUACAAGCACAGACUCUGUUCCUGAAUCUGGCCACCCUUGCAUGGCAGACUCGACCGUUUCCUCACCCAUUGACUCAGGUAUACCUCCAGCCUUGGGACUUGACCAUCACAGAAACCAGCACUGCUAGUGGGGUUUCACCUUUAUGAUGGACAUAUUCACUCUAUGACUUGGUGAGCAGCCUUAUAAGAAGUUCUCGUCACCUAAGGAGGACUCAUGCAUUUUAAGUGUCUGAAGUAUUUUUUGCUUUCCAGGAACCAUGACCCAGGAAAGGCAAAGCAAGAAGGUAUAAAAGGAUUUGGCACUAACCAUAAGUAGGAACAACCAUAAGUAGAUCGUUGCCCAAAGGGUCUUUACUGUCCCUUGGUUUCCAUGGCUUAAUCAGCCCUCCUCCACUGGUGCCAGUAUCAGCUUUUUGAGCAACUAGAUCCAAAACUCCAAAUGUAAUUAUUGAGCUUCUUUUAUUAAAAACACUAAGGCCACCAGUGACAGGUUCCCACUUGAGUAACACUGGAAUUCCCUAGUCAGGUGAUUAGACUCAUAUCUGAGUGUUUGAUAGCAAUUUAAAACAAUGAAGCAUCAAAAGUAGUCAGACGUGAAUAGUACUGAGUAAUACUCUCAGUCCUGUAACAGGAAUUUAGACACAUUAAAUACAGUUCUAUCAAGAAAGAGCACUAUGCCAAAUGUUUAAAGAGAUAUUUGCUUAAAGGGAAUUCCUCAAUAACCCACCUCUGUAUAUUAUAUGCUGAGAAUGUUGAGUAGUUUGUCUUGAAGUUUACAGUGAAUGACAAAUACCUUUCGAAAUUAGGUACUGAAUAUACACUUAACUUUCAUGUUCCGAAAUAUGCAUAUGCAUAUUUCCAAAACCUGACAAACCUGUUUUAAAAUAGAUGCUACAAAGAGAGUGCUCAGAAUGGUAUACCUUGUUUUAUCUAUUAGAGCUAAUCACCUGGAUCUGGUGAAAAAAAAUAAAAGUAAUUUUGAGGAGAAGAGAACAUACUGCUAAUAGGCAAAGAACUAUUUUAUGACAGUCUAAGAGACUCACAACAUACUCAAUCAAGUGUACGCAACAGACUUAUUGUGAAUGUGAAAACUUUGGUGACAUCUUGUAAUUUAUGCUGUAGUGGUAUGAAAGUGGAGCUUUACAUAAAAAAAAAAAAAAAAAAAAAAAAAGAA